AUGGCCGAUCGUGCCCGGACUGUACUGAUCUCAGGCUGCUCGUCCGGAAUCGGGCUGGAGCUUGCAGUGCAGCUGGCUCGUGACCCCAGGCAGCGCUACCAGGUGGUGGCCACCAUGAGAGAUCUGGGAAAGAAGGGGACACUGGAGGCAGCUGCCGGGGAGGCUCUGGGUCAGACGCUCACCGUGGCCCAGCUGGACGUGUGCAGCGACGAGUCAGUAGCCCAAUGUCUCAGCUGCAUCCGGGGAGGAGAAGUGGACGUGCUGGUGAAUAAUGCUGGAGUGGGCCUGGUGGGGCCCGUGGAGGGGCUCGGCCUGGCCACCAUGCAGAGGGUCUUUGACACCAACUUUUUCGGAGCUGUUCGUCUGGUCAAAGCUGUGCUUCCUGGCAUGAAGAGAAGGCGACAGGGCCACAUUGUGGUGGUCAGCAGUGUCAUGGGGCUGCAGGGUGUCAUGUUCAAUGACGUCUACGCAGCCUCCAAGUUUGCCCUGGAAGGAUUCUUCGAGAGUCUGGCCAUCCAGCUGCUCCAGUUCAACAUCUUCAUCUCUCUGGUGGAACCCGGCCCAGUGGCCACCGACUUUGAAGGGAAGCUGCUGGAGCAGGUGUCCGCGGUCGAGUUCCCAGGCACUGACCCCGACACCCUGCACUGCUUCCGGGAUCUCUACCUCCCGGCCUCCAGGGAGCUCUUUAUGUCUGUAGGGCAGAGCCCACAGGCCGUGGCCCAGGUUAUUGUCAAGGUCAUCAGCUCGGCCAGCCCACCCCUGCGCAGACAGACCAACGCCCGCUACUCGCCCCUGACCGCGCUCAAAGCCGCCGACCCCUCGGGCAGCCUGUACGUGCGAACGGCCCACCGCCUGCUCUUUCGCUGGCCGCGCCUCCUCAGCCGUGGCCUCCGCUGCCUGGCCUGCGGCUGCUGGGGCGCCCGGGUAAGACCCCGGUGAGCCUCGCCCAACCCUCCCCACUGCUGAACAGCCAGACCUCUUCAGUCCACACCCAGAUCAGAGGGCAUACCGGCCAUUCAUUCAUUCUAUCAUUCAACAAAUGCUGCCUGACCAGCUCUGCACAUGGGCAUUGCGCAGUCUCCAGGCACAGGACCCGCCCCCACCGUGGUCAGGACUGGGGCAGAGAGGAGGAAGAGGCAUUGUCCGUGGACAUUGAAGAGGGAGACAGACUGGAUCUUGGGUCUGGGAAUACAGGAAUGAUCCAAACACCUCUAUCACCCUCCUCCCCCACACAUGCAUGCGUAGAGCUGGGUUGACUAGGGGGUCUCCAAACAUUCCUGGCCACACACCCUCCAUCAGCAACAUGCGUUUGUGCACACAACAGCAAUGUACAUAUAUUUUUUUCAUAAAAUAUAGAUUUGUAACCACUAGCAAUAAC